UUUUCACGCGGUCACUGUGCUGCUACACCUUUCUUCUACCUGACGGCGCGCGCCACCGGUGUGGGCAAGUCCAAACCUCCAACCCGCUCUGCAGGUUAUCCCGGUGAAUCACUCCUGCAGCGGCUACAAGUGGAACAGCUCGCCGUGUUUUCACCGUCCUGUCCAGGACUUCUUUUCUUUGCACAGACACGAUGAGCAAAUCCAGCACGCUGAAAGUGAAGAACUUUUUUAAACUCAAAUCCCCUGAGAAGGAGAGCAAGGAGCGGAAAGCCUCGGCCUCCCUCAGAGAUGGAGAAGAUACCGCCAACCCCAGAGACAAGUCGCAGACUUUACCGACGAGCCCCGGUGCGCUCAGCCCGGGAGACGGCGUCACGUUGGCCGAAAACAUUUGUCCCGUUUCCCCGAAAGAGAAGAAGAAAAAGAAGCUGCUGUCGUUCAGGCUGAAAAAGAAGAAACCCAAACCCGGAGUAGGUGAUGGAGGAGGAGAGGUGUUCUUCCCCGAGACCGAUGAACUGGACAGCUUCAUGAGCCACAGGAGCUUCGACCAGAUGAGCGUUUCCACAGAGUGCAGUUUCCGGACUGAAUCGGACUGGGGCCCUGACUCUGAGUCCACCUCCGUGAUCAGCCUUGACAUGAAUAACCUACACAGUCCUACUUCACCCUCCAAAUUCUUCAAGAAUUCGGAGGAGAAGAAGGGAGUGUUUGAUCGCAUCAGCCAUUUCUUCCACUCCAAGAAAAAGAAGAGCAGUAGUAGGCAGAAUUCAGACGCCUCCUCCGAUGCAAGUUUACCAACAUCCCCCUCAUCUCCGCUUUCGCCCAAGUCUCAGCAGGAGGAUGGGCUAAAGACUCCAACUCCUUCCCGAAAAGACGAUGAGCUAAAAGCGCGUUAUGCACGGGGAGCAGAGUGUGGUGAUACCCUCAGCCAAAGCUCCAGUCGCAGCGCCUCAAGCAGUCCUUCUGUGUUCACGUCUGAAGCAGAUCUCCCAUUCGCAGAUAGCAACAGCAGUGGCCGAAGCAGCGUCAGGGAGGUGCAUGUGUGCAGGGCCAGCACAGCCAGUGGUGAAAGGAAUUCUGGGAAUGUGACUCCCACCACUGUGAAUCUCGCUACUAGCACUCAUCCAAAUGCUGAUUUGAGCUCGGGGCUGGGGUUCGCAGACUCUGUGGUGGAGGAAGUAAGCAGGAGGCUGCUGGUCAGUUUGGACGAAAGUACAGCGAAGAAUACAGAGAGCUCCGGGGGGGAUGAGGCAGUUAACAAGACCGUGGUGUCCACAUUUAAAAUCCCCUUUUCUAAAGGAAGUGAGGCCCCAAAAUCACCUAACUUAACCUCUAUAAGUUUAGCAACAAAGCAAACAUCAGUGACAGUUGGAGAGAGGGGGCACAGCACCACCCUAAAAGGAAUAGCUUUAGGCUCUCAGUCGUCCACCUCACACUCGGUCACGUCUCAGCAGGAAGGUGAAGAAUGUGCAGACAUGUCAAGAGAAAACUCAGCCAAGAGGAGGGCUCGGGUAUUAUCUUGGGAAACUGUAAACGCGGCAUUGAACCCUUCAUCUGAGGAAGAACAAGUGCCCAGAGGUGAUUCUCCUGUCCAGCUCCACAAAGCCAUAUGGGUGGAAACACACCUGGGAGAGGAGGAGGAAGUGAUAAGGGAGGGGGAGAAAGAGAAGGAUAUAACAAAAGAAGGGGAGGAGGGCUUCAGAACAGACUCGCCUCCCGUGCUGGCCAUACCUGUCAUUGUCAUUCCUGAGGACGACUCAGUCACUGAGGGCACUUCUACCCCCUCAGAGACUCCGCCGUCCAGGGGCAGCUUGCCAGAAUUAACCAUCUCCUUGGCACCGACUGCAGGGGAGUUCCAAACAACCUUAGAGCAGCCAGAGGAGCCUGACAGUGGCACACAUUCAAAGCCAAGUUCACUUAAGGAGAAACGGAAAUCGAGAGAAAUCCGCGUUACGCGCAAGACUGUGAAUCUGCCCUCGAAGCACAGGGUUCUUGGCCAGAAAGUGUGUGUGAGCCCGGCGUCAAGUGUGGAUGAGAGCGGAGAGACAGGAGAAGAGUACGACAGAGAUUCGACUUCAAAGGCUUCAGACACAGCAACAGAAGUAAAACAACUGUCAAGCCUCCCAAACAACAAUGUGGAAUUCAAGGAAGACAACCUUGAGACAUUGCCAACAACAGAUGAGAAUACACACUCUGAAACAAAUACUCCUGAACCCAUAGUUAAAGAAAAAAUAGACUCUGAAGCCUCUGACUUUGACGAUACCUCAGACAUGCACAGACCAAAGUCACAGGCAGUGGGGUCCGGCGUAAAAGGCCAAGGGACUAACCAGGCUACACCAUCUAAACGAGGGGUUAAAUCAACAUCAGAAAGUUGGCAUACCACAACAAGUGGAACAAGGAGCCCAUCCUCAGCAGCUGGCAGCAGGACCAAAAAUGUGACAACAAAGGAUAAGACCUCCACAGAGAGUACAAAAGUGGGAAGUCCCAGUGAUUUGCCAUCACAGAGGGAACAUAGCAAUGAUAAAACAGUCUCAAUGUUGCCAACUUUAAAAGACCAAAGCUCCGGUGCUUCCUCAAGUGUGACAGGUUCAAAGUCUAAAAUUCCCAAACGGUCGACAUCAGACGCUGAUGUGAAAUCUCCGGUGACACCAGAUAAAACAUCACCGACUGAUGCUUCGGUGGUCACUUCCAAACUGCAGAAACAACCCAGAACCAAAGAGUCUUUGAAAUCCCCGGUCACUCCAACCAAAGCUGGCAGGAAACCAAGUUUCGAAGAAGCCAAAGGGGGGAAGGCUCGCCCAGGAGAUAUUUCUCCCACAAAAACGACUCACAAGACCGGAAUAAAGCAUAUUAAAGAAAAGGCAGAUGAAGACAGUGACUCUUUUAACCUUGUAAAUAGUAUGGAGGUGGACAACGAGGAGAGCAGUAUUGAAACAGGACACCCAAAUGACAUGGAGAGCCGGGAUGUCAAAAAACGGGCGCAACACCAUCUGGAGAAUAAUGCCUCUAGGUUGCCCGUUUCAUCUCCAACAAUAAAAAGCAGACAACCAAUAACCAUUCAGACAGAUUCAGACAGGCCCAAGACACUCCGAAAGCAGAGUGCAGAGCAGGAGCAAGAAGUAACUUCUGGCGAGAGACCAGGUAGUGAGACCUCACCCCUGAGUCCCAUGAAAGGAAGCAUGUUGUCAACAAGGCCAUCCAAACUCUCUAAAAGAAGUGUUAGUCAUAAAGAGAGUGACACACCCACCUCGUGUGUCUCUCCACCUCCCUCCAUACAAGAGAAAACUGUCUCAUUGAGACUCUCCAAACAAAGUGACAUCAAACCCAGCAAAGCUCCAGCAAAGGAUUCAGCUGAUCCGUCAUCACCUGUAAGCAAGCUUCCUACAAGGGGCCAGAGAAGUUCUAACAAACUAAAAUCCAGAAAAGAUUCACCAUCCAACAGUUCUCCAAGCACAUCUACAUCUAAACCGGAGGACUCAAAUCAGGAAACUAACAUAGAGAUAUCUGUCAAAGCAUCUGAGAGUGUCAUAGCAGAUAAAGUGAAGGACGGCGUCAGUGGUGACUUAUUAGAAGAACUGACAGACAAUCAGUCCAGUAUCAGUGAAAUCGAACUGAAAGGAACAGAGACAAAGGAAUUAGAGGAGAACAUAACCAAUCCUACGACUGAAGACAUUUUAGUACAAAACAACAGUGUGAUUAUUACAGAAAAUACAGCAGUCACAGGCCCAGGAGCUGAGGUAUUGCCUAUCUGUGAGGUUGCCAAAGAAAGUUCUCCUCACUCACCAGUUACUGAUGUAAAUAAGGCUGAGAAUGAUAGUCCGGGAGGUGAGUGUGAGACCAAACAACACACAAAAGUUGAGUCUACAUCUGAAGAUGUAUGUCACAUUCAAAAUGACAACACCACACAGAAACGUGAAACACUGUUUACACAAAAGAUUUCUUCAGAAGGGGGAAAAGAGAAAGACGUUUUAGAGACAACCCACCUAAAAGGUAACUUAAAACCAGACUUUAAAGAGCCAGAUUCUGCAGUGUCGGCUCAGGACACAAUACCAGCUCAUGAGGAUGUAACUGAUAUGUCAGCCAAACCUGUUUUGUUUGACAGCAUUCGCUGUGACAUAAUGUUUCGCUCUGAUCAGAAAGGUGUUAUGCCUAAUAGUGUUUCCCUUCCAAAAUCAAAUGAGGUCACUUCUGACAGCUAUGAUACAACUAAUAUUACUGCUAAUUUACCCUCAAAAGACCAGGAUGCUGAGCCAACAGAUGUACGUUCAGCGACUUCUGUCCCUGUUUCACUAGAAGGUAACACAACAAGUAAAGAGCAGCAAAAGGAAUCACUGAAGGAUCAAAUCACAGAUAUCAUCCUUGAAGGUGAGAGAUCACUCACAUUCAGCAGAGAUUUAGAGAAAGAUUUGAAGGUGGAGGAGAAAAGUGAAGAGGAGCUUGGCAGGAAACCAGUAGAGACUUUGGACACUCAAACAGAGACUGCGACUGUUUGUGAAUUGCCUAAGAAUGUUGAAAAUCAGCUGGACAAAGAGCCCCUUUUACUGGCAGGAGAAAUUGAAAGACAGAAGAAGGACUCAAAAACAAAUGAAAGGCUGAAUGACGUAACGAUGGAAGGCACUGACUCACAGAACAGUUGCAAAAAGGAGCUCAAGGGUAUAACUACCGAGAAUGAAGUGGAGAAAGACAUUACAAAACCAGAGAAACCAACGCAUCUAUUGCCAGAAGAGAAACAUUUACAGCCUGUCUCAGAGGACAAAGCACAGACAGUAGUUACAGAUGUCCUAGAAGAGAUUAAGACAGAGAUGGAGCAAGCAAGAAGUGCACUCCAUGAAAAUACAGCCAGUGUGGUUGAUACAAAACAGGAAUGUGGGAUCCUCUCAAAGGAAAAUGGAGUUAGUGUCUGUAAGAAAACAGAUCAGCAGGUGAAGGUAUCAAUUGUGAAAAAUGAGCUGGAACCCAAAGGACUUCGAACCAAAGACAAAGAGGUCAGGGAUAGUGAAUCACAUCAGGAGGACACACACACUGACGUUGCAAAGGAGGGUCAAACUCCAGAACUAAAAGCCUUAAUCACUAAAACUAGUGCUGAAGACACUAAAGAAGAGAGUAAAACAAUGGCAUUUGGUAAGGAUUUACCAAAAGAGAUUUCAAAUGUGAUUGCUGACACUGAAAUUAGUAGCCACGAGGACCACGCGGCCUUAAUUGCUAGAGACCAAAGUGAGGAUAUUAAACAAACAGAGGGAAAUAGUCUAGAACAGCAAACUGAGACAGAAACAGCUCAAGAGAAGGCAACACAGAGCCAGGUUUCACAAGUGGAUACAACUCAAGAUGGUGGAAAAGAAAUGACAGAAGCAAAGGAUUCAUCAACAAAGAGUUUGAAUACUGAAUUUAUGAAUGCUAACGAUGAAAUUAGUAUCCAGCAAGACCAGAAGUCCAUGGUUGUUAGAGACCAAGAUGAGGACAUUACUAAACCAGGGAAAAACAAAUCAAUAAAAGUCAUCUCUCCAAACCUUGAACCAGAACCAAAGAUUGUGACAAAAGAGUCUUUCAAGAUGAACGAAGAUACCAAAUUAUCUGAAAAAUCAAGUGUUUCCACAACUGAAAAAGCAGAGAGUAAGACUGAUAAGAAAGAGAAACAGAAAAACCUAAUUGAAAAGAGUGUUCGAGUUGAAAAUGAAGUGAUGAAGCAGGAGGAACAGCAGACAAAAGCAUCAAAGAUUGAUGCCAAGCAAGAGUCAGAACCAAUUUCUGUAAAAGACACAUCCAGCAAAAAAAGUGGAGAACAAAAAGACAAGCUCAUCAUUGUUCCAGGUAAAGUACUGAGUACUGAUGCUGAAAAGAAUGACAAAGACACCAAAGAAAAAACAAAACAUGAUAGUGGUUCGAAUCAGGAACGGCAAACUCUGCAGAACUGCAGAGAAGAGAAGACCAUAAAACACAGUGAUCUACAAAAGCCUGUGAAGACAACACUCAGUCCAUCUCUUUCACCUACACAGAAACCACCCACUUCACCUCAAAGUCUUCAGCUAAAGAACGAAUCCCCUUCUAGCUGGUUAGAUGUGGAACAUCAUCACAAACAGAAAAGGGAACAUAAAAGAAAAUUAGAUGCCUCAGCGAGCGAGGAUGAAUCUCUUGAAUCGGAUGACUUAGAUGAUUUUAUCAGGAGCAUUAAGGAGGGCAGCAUUCCUUUCUCAAUACCUCCAAAGAGGCAUAUCCGUAAAAUGUCCCCAUCUCCACCUUUUGUCAUGCCGGCCAUAAAGGAGGACAAUUUUGAGAAAACACUGGAUCCAGUUGAGUUCCAGUUCGGCUUAAGGAAAAAUGGCAGAAGUCUUAGGGAUCCUUCCCCAGCUAUGGUGAUUAAACAAAGAGCAGAUGAAAGGGAAGGACGGAGCCUGGAAAAACGCGCACAAGGUAGUGCCAACAGGACUGGAGGCCAAAUGAAACCACUCGAUGAGGUGGAAGGAAAAGAUGGAGUUAAAGAGGGGACAAAUAUGGAUGCAGGAAAAGAAGAGCAUCAAAACAAUGGGCAAGAGGCUGGGAAGUUAACGUCACGACUUGAAAGGAUAUCUAUCCUCUCCAGCUUACUGAGCUCUCCUCUGUCCUCCCGGAAAACAAAAGAGGAAGCUACAUCAGCUUCAAAUAGCACAACGAAUCAACAACAGGACGUGCCCGUGCUUGGAAAGCAGGGAGUUGUUGAUUCACCUCUUCCUGUGGUUGAGGCAGAUAAGAAGGGUGUGAAAGGCAUAGAUCAAGGCCUGCUUGUGGGUGGUGGUAUAAGUACAGUAAGUGAGUCAGCAUCCAGUCCCUCCUCUCUUCCUCCUUUGCCCUCUUUCUCUGAGAUAAAGCUGCCUGAUCAUUUAGAAAAAUACCUCAAGAAGAACAACAGAGAAUCUAAGGACUCCGAGGGCUCUACAGAGACAACUAAAACUAAACUGAAUACUAAGGGGAGUACUGUGAUGGACCAGCCCUCGACAGCAGGAACACCUAAUGUUGAUGUGGGCCUGAAGGCACCUGCAGGACCGCCUCUGACAAGCAGAAGCAACCGGGAGACUUCUCGAAAUGGACUUUCUACUUCCAGGACCAAGGUGCCUGUAGUAAGAGGGUUCCACAAAAGGCCUGGAAAGAUUGUCAUACACGAACAUGCUCAGUUUGGAGGGGAAGCAUUUGAACUGCACUCUAAUGCAGAGGACACGACCGCGUUGAAGCUGUCACCUGUUAUCUCAGUCAGAGUCAUCAGAGGAUGCUGGCUCCUCUAUGAAAAACCAGGCUUCCAGGGUCGUGUCAUUGCCCUCGAGGAAGGUCCUUCAGAGCACAUAAUAAACAUGUGGGCCGAAGAGGGAACUCCAACAACGUUAGACCAGAUGGGUCAGCCUGUACCAACAGCACCUAUGAUCAUAGGAUCUAUCCGGUUGGCAGUCAGGGACUAUAGCAUACCUCGAAUUGACCUGUUUGCAGAGGUAAAUGGGCUGGGCAGGAUGUCAUCUUACUGUGACGACACCGUGGAGAUCGGCUCAUACGCGAUCCCACAGACCACGGGAUCCAUCAAGGUCCAUUCUGGAGUCUGGCUGGUGUACACUGAUCCAGGGUUUGGAGGUUUUCUAGCAGUGUUAGAGGAGGGGGAGUAUCCUUGCCCAGAGUCCUGGGGUUUUCCAGAGCCAUUCAUCGGGUCUCUCAGACCCCUCCGAAUGGGACUGAUAAAAGUGGAGCACCCCCUUGAAAACAAGGCCUUAGUGUUUGAGAAACCCAACUUUGGUGGAGAGUGUAUAGAGGUCGACAGUGACGUGUACAACCUGCAAGAAGAACCAGAAGAAGAAAGUACAGGCAAACCGGACAAGAAGCUAGUGGGAGUGGGGUCGAUAAAGAUACUCGGUGGUCUCUGGGUGGGCUAUCUAGAAGCAGAUUUUGAAGGCCAGCAGUACAUCCUGGAGGAGGGGGAGUAUCCUCACUGCAGCGACUGGGGAGGAUCUGAGGAUGGGCUCCUGUCACUGCGGCCUGUAUGCACGGAUUUCCUGUCCCCACACGUCAAACUGUUCAGUGAGCGCCACUUUAAUCAGCUGAGCCACAACGUGGACUUGUUGGGUCCCGUCGUCAACAUGGAGGACGUCGGCUAUGGUGUUAAGACUCAGUCCGCCGACGUCAUGAGUGGAGUGUGGGUGGGAUUUGAGAAGCCUGGAUUUAGCGGAGAGCUCUACAUCCUGGAGAAAGGCCUGUAUGCAAACCCAGAGGACUGGGGAGCCCAGAACUACAAGAUCUCAUCCAUGCAGCCGGUCUUCCAUGACACACUGAUGGAAGCAACAAAAUUCAAGGUGCAGCUGUAUUCUGAGGCAGACUUCCAGGGAAAGCUGGUGGUUCUGGAGGACAGCGCAGCAGCUCUGGAUGAGGACUUUACUCCCAGGUCCUGUAAGGUUGUGGCUGGCAGCUGGGUCAUGUUUGAAGGAGCCCAGUUCACAGAGAACAUGUACGUGUUGGAGAAAGGAGAAUAUCCCAACACGGAGGCCAUGGGCUUUCUGUCUGCAGACUCUAGCAUCCGCUCCAUGCAGACUGCUGGACAUGAGUUUUCUCUGCCCUCCAUCAUCUUGUUCAGUAAGGUGGACUGUCGAGGUCGCAGAGUCGUGUUGACAAACGGAGCCGAGAACCUGCUGCAGGCAGGCCUCGACGCACGCAUACGCUCCCUGGUGGUGGAGGGAGGAAUGUGGGUGGUGUAUGAAGGUAGUAACUACUCUGGUCGACAGCUGCUCCUUCAGCCAGGUGAAGUGGCUGAUUGGUGCAAGCUCAGCGGCUGGCAGCGAAUAGGAUCCCUACGUCCAUUACUGCAGAAGCAGAUGUACCUCCGUCUGCGGAACAGGGAGACGGGAUGCGUGAUGUCCCUGACGGGAACUGUGGAGGACAUCACGCUGAUGAGGGUUCAGGCUGUGGAGGAGACAGGAGGGAUGGAGCAGAUCUGGCUCUGUCGGGACGGGCUGCUCACAUGCAAGCUGGUGGAGGACUGCUGGCUGCAGAACACCGGCAGCGUGGUGAUGGCGGGCAGCAGGCUCUGCGUUUCUCCAGAGCGAGGCAAAAACAACGAGCUGUGGAACAUCACUCCGGAUGGCUUGGUGCGGUGCCACCUCAAACCUGACCUGGUCCUGGAGGUCAAAGGUGGGCUUCAGUAUGACAAGAACCAGGUGAUCCUCAACACGUUGGAUGAGAGAAAACUGAACCAAAGGUGGACUGUGGAGAUCCUGUGAUUCUCCGGGAGACGCUCUGCUGUGCUCUUCACAGCAUCUCUGCCAGGACAGUGAGCCCUGUGACGCAGGGGCACCACAGAUCAUAGACCCAGUUUUGCACACUGUACUCUUUUGUAGUAUUUUGACUCUUUUAUUUUAUUUCUAUUCUUAUUUUUAAGGAUAACCAUUGACUGGAUCGACUUUUAAACAUAAAACUUUUAAAAAUAUGCACUCAUGUGCUGUUUGAUGAAAUAGCGUUUUCUCUUUUUCAAAAGGAACAAGUUGUGCAGAAAUGUUGCUCAUUUUCAGCAACUUUAUUCUCGACACUAUACCAAAGACUCCGUGGACCUGCCUCUGUGUUGUCACAGCAUGCACUUGAGACCUCAGCCCUGUUUCAAUGCUGCACAUCUCUCUUUACAUUAUGGUACUUUACUACUGCAUGUCUGCUUUCUGAUCGUAAUGUUGGUAAAUAUGAAUGUAUACUGACAGCUGCAAUAUGAAGUCCGAUGUGCCUACACUCCAGAGUUCUCUACUACACUUUUUUUUUUUUUUAAGUUUCUGUAGAUCAAAAAUGAUCUGUUGUAAAGUUUUGAUAUCUUUUUAGGAUUUUACACAAGAUGUUCUUUACUGCAGGAGGUUGUACAUAAGCAGCAAGUGUAUAGAUUUGAGUUUCAAAGCAGAGCUGCAGCAACAAUACUGCCCUCUGUUGAUUGUAAAUAUGUCAGUGUAAAAGAGAAAACUGUUACAUGUGAAAAUAAAAUUUUUCAUUUUCAUUUCAAAGUCA